CAUUCCCCCAUCCUUCCCCAUUCCCAGUUCUCCCAGGACACGGCCAUUCCUCCCGGCCUCCCGGCCAGGACCGCCCGGCCGCCGCCGCCACCUGACGCCGUUCCCCCCCGAGGCUGACCCGAGGCGGGGCGCGGGCAGGGCCUCCCCGGGGCAGGAGGGAGGGACGGAGGGAGAGGAGAGGAGCCGAGCCCGCCGCCAGCCCGUCCGUCCGUGCGGCUCCGUCCCGGCUUUGUUGUGCUCGGGCCCGGGGGCGGGGAAGCGGAGGGAAGCGGAGGGAAGCGGGGAAGGCUCCGCUCCUCCUCCGCGGCCCCGGCCCCGCUCAUGGCGACGCUGGGCACAUCCGGGCCUCUCCUCCUUCUCCUCCUCCUUCGGCGGCCGCCGCUGCCCUGAGCGCCCGGCCCGGCUCCAUUCGCGCCUCCCCCGAGCCCUUGGCGGAGCAGCGGCGGGGGAGCCCCGGCCGGGGCCAUGUCCAACCCGGGGGCCCGGCGGAACGGGCCCGUCAAGCUGCGGCUGACAGUACUGUGUGCAAAAAACUUGGUGAAAAAGGACUUUUUCCGACUUCCUGAUCCCUUUGCUAAGGUUGUGGUGGACGGAUCUGGCCAAUGCCAUUCUACAGAUACUGUGAAGAAUACACUUGAUCCCAAAUGGAAUCAGCAUUAUGACCUGUAUAUUGGGAAGUCGGAUUCAAUAACGAUCAGCGUGUGGAAUCACAAGAAAAUUCAUAAAAAGCAGGGAGCUGGUUUUCUGGGUUGUGUGAGACUUCUCUCAAAUGCAAUCAACCGCCUUAAAGACACUGGUUAUCAGAGGUUGGAUCUCUGCAAGCUUGGGCCAAAUGACAAUGAUACUGUUAGAGGACAGAUAGUAGUCAGUCUUCAGUCCAGAGACCGAAUAGGCACAGGAGGACAAGUUGUGGAUUGCAGUCGGUUAUUCGAUAACGAUUUACCAGAUGGGUGGGAGGAGCGCAGGACUGCUUCUGGAAGGAUCCAGUACUUAAACCACAUUACACGGACAACUCAGUGGGAGCGACCCACACGGCCAGCAUCCGAGUACUCGAGCCCGGGCAGGCCCCUGAGCUGCUUCGUGGACGAGAACACUCCCAUCAGCGGCACCAACGGCGCGUCCUGCGGGCAGGCGGCGGAUCCGCGGCUGGCCGAGAGGAGGGUGCGCUCCCAGAGGCACAGGAACUACAUGAGCAGGACACACCUGCACACUCCUCCCGACCUGCCUGAAGGAUAUGAGCAAAGGACAACUCAGCAAGGUCAGGUCUAUUUUCUACAUACUCAAACUGGUGUCAGCACGUGGCACGAUCCAAGAGUACCUAGGGAUCUUAGCAACAUCAAUUGUGAAGAGCUUGGUCCACUGCCUCCUGGAUGGGAGAUCCGAAAUACAGCAACAGGCAGGGUUUAUUUUGUUGACCAUAACAACAGAACGACGCAGUUCACGGACCCGCGGCUCUCUGCAAACCUGCACUUGGUCCUGAACCGGCAGAACCAGCUCAAGGACCAGCAGCACCAGCAGCAGCAGCAGGUGGUGUCCCUGUGCCAGCUCCCGGACGAGGCCGAGUGCCUGACGGUGCCGCGCUACAAGCGGGACCUGGUGCAGAAGCUCAAGAUCCUGCGGCAGGAGCUGUCCCAGCAGCAGCCUCAGGCUGGCCACUGUCGGAUCGAGGUCUCCAGGGAGGAGAUUUUUGAGGAAUCCUACAGGCAAGUCAUGAAGAUGAGGCCAAAAGACCUGUGGAAACGAUUGAUGAUAAAAUUUCGUGGGGAGGAGGGCCUUGAUUAUGGAGGUGUUGCCAGGGAGUGGCUGUACCUGUUGUCCCAUGAAAUGUUGAAUCCAUACUAUGGGCUCUUCCAGUAUUCCCGAGAUGAUAUCUACACCCUGCAAAUCAACCCCGACUCCGCCGUCAACCCGGAACACUUGUCCUAUUUCCACUUUGUGGGCCGGAUCAUGGGGAUGGCUGUGUUCCAUGGGCACUACAUUGACGGGGGCUUCACACUGCCUUUCUACAAGCAGUUGCUUGGGAAGCCAAUUACUUUGGAUGACAUGGAAUUGGUUGACCCUGAUCUCCAUAACAGCUUAGUUUGGAUACUUGAGAACGACAUCACCGGGGUCCUGGACCACACGUUCUGUGUGGAACACAACGCCUACGGGGAGAUCAUUCAGCACGAGCUGAAACCCAAUGGCAAAAGCAUCCCCGUGACAGAGGAGAACAAAAAGGAAUAUGUCAGACUUUAUGUGAACUGGCGGUUUUUACGAGGAAUUGAAGCUCAGUUUCUGGCGCUCCAGAAGGGAUUUAAUGAAGUAAUCCCACAACAUCUGCUGAAGACAUUUGAUGAGAAGGAGUUAGAGCUCAUCAUUUGUGGACUGGGAAAAAUCGAUGUUAACGACUGGAAGGCAAAUACCAGGUUAAAACACUGUACCCCCGACAGCAACAUCGUGAAAUGGUUCUGGAAAGCUGUGGAGCUCUUCGACGAGGAGAGGAGGGCGCGGCUGCUGCAGUUCGUGACCGGCUCCUCCCGGGUGCCUCUGCAGGGCUUCAAGGCACUGCAAGGUGCUGCAGGCCCACGACUCUUCACAAUACACCAGAUUGAUGCCAGCACUAAUAAUUUGCCGAAAGCUCAUACCUGCUUCAACAGGAUCGACAUUCCCGCGUACGAGAGCUACGAGAAGCUCUACGAGAAGCUGCUCACGGCCAUCGAGGAGACCUGUGGCUUUGCUGUGGAAUGACCCUCCCAGCCUCUCCCAGACUCUAUUUAUACUCCUGUCAGCCAGAAAGCCCCUCCUUCCCUCAGCCAAGACUCAAGAAAUGCUUGAAAUACAGGAAACUUUCCCUUUUCUACACUAGGACAUUGGGAGGGAAAGGACAACUUUUGGAUUUUUUUUUUUAAUUUUUUAAAUUUUUUAUUUCAAGAAAAUAGGUUCUGUGGUUCCUGCCAUAGGAUCAUUCAGCUGCUAUUAAAAACUAAUAUCUUGAACAUACAGAAUGCUGACUUUUCCUACAUUUCAACAGUUAAGCAGUAUUCUAUACUUAAAGACUACUACUAUUUUUGUAAGAGGUAAUCUAUUAUAUUUGCCUACCUGAUUUCUAUUCUCAGAUACCAAGACACAACUUCAGCAGUCGGUACAAGUCACGUUUCAGCCUGUUUUAAAUGUAUGAUACUGAACAGCACCUAUACCUGCUAUUUUUGGAAAAAAAAUAUUUUGGAUUAUUCUAACUUUGCAUAAAAUUGGCUGAAAUAAUCAUUAAUCUUUUUAAUGAAAGCCACUUACAUGUUAACUGCAUUUUCUUAUAGUAAACCAUUAUAUUCUGCAAUGUAAAUUCCAGGUAAAUGUUACCACAGGGGCUUUUUUAAAUCUUUUUCAAGCAGGAAUUCCGAAUAUGACGCUUUGGGGUCCUAUUUAUAUCACUUGUCAGAUUCCUCCAGCAGAAUUUCUAGUGAGUGACACAGACUAUUUGGUACAGUCCUUGUGUUUACACGUGGAAUAACCUUUUCUUAAUGAACAGUAGAUGUUUUAAUUUUUUUUUAAACAGCAUUUUUCUAACAAGUCUGUCAAGAGCACUUUUUGUUGCUUUUGACCUUAAAUUGAAACACUGCAUUUUUCAGCUGUUGAAGCACUGAUGGGCUUUGCCAGCAGAAGCCUGUCAGUAGUUUGUUCCAGAAUCCAUCCUGUCCAGUCAACCAAAGUUUGUUUGAAUGCAGCCAAAUCAUAUUCUAUGUUUGUUGAUGCUAAAGAUUUAUCAGGUAAAACAUGUUGUAAUCUCUGUCCAGCUGCUCAUGACACGUGGGUUUAAGUUACAGCUAAGGAAAAAUGGUGUAUUGACUGAAAUAUGUGUAAUGUGCUUUGGAAAUGAGGUUGUAAGAGCACAUAAUUUAUUGAUUGUAGGGAUGGAAGUAAGUAUAUAUAUGAUUUAUAGCAUGGGUUGAUCUCUUCAAAGGGGAAUAAAAUGCACUACCAGUAGAGGGAACUGAACUUUGAUGUUAGUUUGGAAAUUCUCAGUUGAGAUCUGAUCUCGUGGUGUGUGGAUAAAUCAGGCUGCUUCAGACAGUGCCAUUCUCCUCUCAGCCAUGAGAAUAUUUGGAAUAAGUAGCAGUUUUUUUCCAAACAGUGUUGUGUUUUUGUAACUUAGGUUACAAUUAAUCAUCAAAUCUGCACUAUUUUUUCACUGCCAAUGAAAGAAAGUCAAAGGUAUUGAAAAUGCUAAAGGGAUGGGAUGUAACCAGCUGUUCCAUGUUUGCAGUGUAAGUCUCAGUGAACCAGCUCAUUUGCUGUCUGUUCUGUGGAGCUUAAACUAAAUUUUGCUCUGCCAAGUCUGACUGCCACAGUGAGUAAACUACUACUGGAUGUUGUGUGUGAGCAUAGUGGGCAAGGGACUGCUUUUACAGAAUUGUGGUGAGGAUCUGGUGAGCCAAAGCCACAUGUUGGUUUGAUUAUUUCUUUUGUACAGCUGUUGCUGGCAGGUUUGUUCCAAGGGACUUGCUUCCCUUUCUGGGCUGGCUGCAGGAUGAGGCUACUUAAGGAUGUAAACAGAAAGCCAAGAGACUUGCUGUGACAGCCAGGUUUGAAAUACAGCAGAGCCUUUUCAUUUCAUUGCAGUGGACUCUUGCACUCCUGUUGAAGGGCUGCUACUUCUGCAUCCAGGCUGGGCUCCCCAGUUCAGGGCUUUCAGGUAACUCUGGUAGCAGGAAAGGUGCCCUGUGCCUGUGCAGGUCUGGGGGAGCACAGCAGGUUCUUGCCCAGAGUUUGUCACUCAAAGUGCUGCCCGUGGCUGGGGCCAGCUCCAGCCCUGCCCAAAGCCUGUGCUCAGCCCCUGCCAGGUCUGAGUGGUGUCAGUGACUGCUGCAGGGGUUUUACAGACAGGCUCUUGGGACUGUUCACAGGAGAGACCCCAGUGUCAUAGAACUGAUAGAAGUGAUUUUUUAAGGGCUUGUUUAUUUUUAUUUAUCCCCCUGUGCUUGCCCAGCCUGUGGCCACAGCCUCCCUGGGCAUGGAACAUGGCAAAUAUAAAAUCUGGCUGGUGGAUUUAUUGAAUGCAUAGUUAUGGUCACCUUGCUGUCACCAAAGCACCUUUGGGGAGAGAGGAGAUGAGCUCUGCAGAAUAGAGACCUGAGAUCAGCUGAUAAUUACAUUCAUUUUCACAGCAGCCUUAGCAGUACAUCUGUUUUUCUACUAAACAUUUUGGUAUGGCAUUGAGAAUUUUUUUAACUGCUACAGAUAUUGUAAAUUUAAUAUAUUAUAGGCAAAACUAGACAAGUCUGCAUUGAACUUUCCAUAGCUGACAGAUGAGGAUGAAUAUACCAAGUAUUUUGAGUGCCUUUCUACCUUCAUAAAGACUGAGAGCUUUAACUAAAGCACCUCAUCACCUAGUCAGAUGUUUAUCUGAAAGUGGUAAAGGGUUGAUUCCUUUCCAAAAUUUUGUUUCAAGAACAUGUCAGCUACUUUCCCCUCAGAAAGGUGCUAAGCCUAAUAUUGCAUUUUAACCUUGGACUUUCACCCCAUGAUUAAUGUGAAUAUUUAUUUCAAUGUGUCCCUCUUACUGGGUUUUACUUUAUCCAGUCUUUAGUUGUUUUAGAGAGAUGCCACAUCAUGGUUUUAUGCUGUUGCUUUUCAUUAUGAAUGUUUAAUUAUGAACAGUGACUUUUGUAGAUUUCAAAUAUACAGUUCACAGUUGAGUUUCAGAGGAUUUAAUUUCUCGGUGUAAAGAGUUUUGUAAUGGUGCUUUGUACAGUAUGUAUUCUAAUUUUUUUUUUUUUUUGCACAUAGGUUCAGUUUCCCUAAACUGAUUUAUUUGUACCAAAUUUUUGUGUUGUACUAAAGUCCAGAGCACACAAGCUGUUUUGAAAUUCCUGUUCCACAACACUACAUGUGUACUGAACUCCUGGUGCGUUUAAAAGGCUGCAUUGAUGGAAGUUCAAGCUUUGCUCCUCUGUCACAGCACCAUCCUCCAGCUCGAUGUAGCAUCUUUUUAAACAGCACCACACAGUUAACAGGUGCCAUUUGUUGUACUUUACACUAUGUAGUAGGUUCCUGGCUCUACACAUCCUCAGAGCUUUGUCUGUAGUUGUAAUUAGUUUAUACAAGUGUAAUUACUCUUCCACAAACUGACAGUUCUUAGUUUAUCAUUUCCAUUGUAUUUAUUACAGAGUGUUUUAGCAUUGGUAUCAUUGUAUUUUCACCCAGCUGUUACAUGAGCUUUAACAAAAAAAAAAAUCUGUAUAAAAUGGUUUUUAAGUACUUAAUGUAUGUACCCAUGCAGAAGUUGAGCAAUAAAUUGUAUGCUGUUUGCACUGUCA